CAUGACUACAUCUGUGACAAACACCUGCUCAGGUACCAGCAAGGACAAAUCAGUGUGACUUGACCUCCUCUGGGCAGCAUGACUCUUUACUUGUGUCUCCCUCUGCUGGUUGUACUCCUGCCGCCUGCUCUGUGUCUCUACAACUGCUCCUCUGAGUAUGAGAGGACCCCAGACAACGCGGACUUGACAGUCGACUGUGGCAUUGGCGUGAUCACCCUGGAGAUCAACCUGUGCACGGCUCAGUGGGCAGGCUUCAACACCACAGACCUGGCCCUGAACGGGGCCCACAACAAGACGGAGUGCAAGGGCUCUAUCGACACUAGUGUGGACCCUCCAGUCAUCCGUUACCAUCUCCCAGUCAACAACAGUCUGGAUAACCCCUGUCGCCAGUCUCUUCAGAUUGUGGAUGAGACCCCGGAUCCCACAGGUCCCUUCAGCAGCUUCCUGAGCAUCCAGUCAGUUAUCAUCACGGGGUACAUUGACACGCCCAGAUCUGACCAGGGGCUGAUUAGCUACUCCACAGACCUCUACUAUCACUUCUCCUGCCGCUACCCACUGGAGUACCUGAUCAACAACACACAGAUAGUGGCCUCCUCUGUCUCGGUGGCGACCAAGGAUAAUAAUGGAACCUUCAUUAAUGCACUAAAUAUGGCUGUUUAUAAUGACUCUAACUACAUGCACCCGUUAGCAGUACCUUCAGCAGGACUUGAGCUAAAGACCAACGUGUAUGUGGAGGUCAAGGCUGUUAACCUCACAGGAAAUUUCAACAUCCUGUUGGAUCAUUGCUUUAGUACUCCCACGCCUUACAACAUGUCGCACAGUGAGCAGCACGUCUUCUUCACCGGCUGUUCAGUGGACCAAGGGACGUCUGUGACAAGCAAUGGCCUCUCCAUGGUUUCCCGGUACAACUUUUUGGCCUUCCGCUUUGUACAGCACCGUGACCAGGCAAAGUCCAGCCUCUAUCUGCACUGCUUAGUGAGACUCUGUGAGCCCAAUAAAUGUCUACAGCUGCUGUCUGCUUGUGGUUCAAGAAGAAAAAGAUCUAUUAUUCCUUUUGGAGAAGAAAGCCAAGAAUCAGCCACUGUUUCCGUGGGACCUAUUUUCACUGCUCAAGAAGACAGGCCAUUUGCAGCUGCCUACAGUAACGGCAUGGCACCAGAAAAGGAUGACGUGAAUGUGACGGGCCUGGUGGUGGGCGUGGUGUUUGGCUCAGCUGCUGCUGCGUUGCUGGUUCUGGGUGGCUGGUUUGUCCUGAAGAAGUUUUACUGGGCGGGAGGGUUACAUGCCUUUGACUGACGGAUCGACCAGAAAAUUGUCUUUGCCUCGUCACCUCAAAGCUCAUAAAAUCUCUUGUGAUUUUUUGGGUAAUAACCUGAUGUUCUUGUCAGGUGACUAUGGAAACAAAGUAAAUACUCAGGUAUCUUAUAUAAAACCAUGUCUUUCUUUACUCAUACAGAAGCAUGAACCAUGAAGUAUGUAUAUAAAAAAAUAACUGUGGAAGCAACUAAUAAACUGAGUAAUUUUUAAAAUAUUUUAUAAAAGUAUACAUUUGACAAGGCCAUUGAGUCUGCCAAAUCCAUUUUUUUCUACAAUUUUACGUGUGUUCGGGUAUCUUGGACAGGAUUUUGAUGGCAUUGUUUAAAUAUACUUCAAUAAUUUGAAUAUGGAAUAUAUGUUUUGUACAGAUUCAAAAUAAAGUUUGAACUAAAG